UCUCUUUUCUUUUCACAUGCGCACACAGACACACACACACACACACACACACACACACACAGAGAGAGAGAAUGAGAGAAUGAGACAAAAAAGUUAAAGGAGAGAAAGGUAAUGCACAGUCUGGAUUUUGAAAUGUAUGCUAAAUUUUGUGUGUAUUUAUGGUAAACAGACAUAUAGCAAGUGGGUGAAUUGCAGGACAACAGGACUUUAGUCAGGCUGAGAAGGGAGAGAAAGAGAGUGAGAGAAAGGGAAAGGGACAGGGAGAGUGGAAGCUGCCAAGAGCAGUGAAAAAGCACAAACCAGGAAAGGAAUUUCUCUUCAUCAUGGGCAAGUCAGCCUCAAGGGUAUUUAGUGAGGAGGUGCUGAAGUCUCAUAAUGAGUACAGAAAAAAACAUCAAGCACCGCCAUUGAAACUCAGUAACAAACUUUGCAGAGAGGCGACGAGAUAUUCAGAGAGUUUGGCUAGCACCAGGAUUUUAAAGCACAGCGUUGAAUCAAGUAGAGGAAACUGUGGAGAAAAUCUAGCCUGGGCGUCUUAUGAUCAAACAGGAAAGGAUGUGUCUGAUCGCUGGUAUAAUGAAGUGAACCAGUACAACUUUAACCAGCCUGGAUUCUCCUCUGGAACCGGUCACUUCACUGCGAUGGUGUGGAAGGGCUCAAAAAAGCUGGGUGUUGGUAAAGCUGUUGCAUCUGAUGGGUCCACAUUUGUGGUGGCUCGCUAUUUUCCUGCUGGUAAUAUCACUAAUCAGGGCCACUUCCAAGCUAACGUCCUUCCUCCUAAGAGCUGAUCCUGGAAUGGUUGUGGAGAUAGAGGUCGGAGAUCAUGGGCUGUUAGGGUCAAUUGGAGACAGGUCUGAAAGCAGUGAAUUGCAGCACUAUAGGGCUAAGCAUUAU